CCUCUGACAAACUCACUCAUCCUAACAGUAACGAACAGACGCAAUUCAUUUUACAACCUCCCCCCCUACUGCUUCGCAUCCUUCAGCUCGUCUACAUUGCAUUAUUGCCUCCUUGUCCUGCAUAUCCACCUCAGAGAAACGUGUUCCCACGCAUAAAUAAGAUCCAGCUUUUUUGCCAUGCCAGAAGAUCUCCUUGCUGGCAGAUUUACUUCCAAUACCGAAGACAACCUUGUCAAUAGACUAUCAUCACCCUCGUCAGCGCCCUUGUCAAUAGGAUCCCCAUCGAUACCUACGUCGAUAAGGACCGUAAUCACUUCCUCGUACAUUUACCCGACGUUCAGGGCCCUCGAGAUACCUGAGAUCCUUCUUCACAUCUCUUCCUUUCUCACCUUGCAUGACCUUAAUGCCUGCACCUUAGUCUCAUCUGCUUGGUAUGCAAUUUUCAACUCGGUUCUCUGGCAAUCCAUUACUAUUUCGGAAAGCAGGCACCAGCCUGAUUUUUUGAAGAGUCUGCGUAAAAACUUGAAUUUAGUCCACUCACUUCAAUGGAAGUACGCAGACUGGUGGGAGUUACAUCAUGUCACCAGGGUUUCACAGCAUGAUCUUUCUCCUUCUCAUUUCCCUUCUGCUUCUUUAGCGCCUCCCGUCUCCAUAUAUAGGGCAUUUGGUCCCAAGGUGAUGAUGAGUACUAUAUCAGGAAGGCUUCUGAACGGCAGCUUUACACAACCAAAGUCCAUGUCGCAGACUGUUGCUGCUGCGCCCAUAUUCCUGACGAACAACAUGCAAUCAUUAUCAGGUCCAGGACGGCCAAUUCACCAGGACCCAUCGGUGGUCUCCUUUCCAACUACUGAAACAUUGCAUCAACUGUGUUUCGAAAAUGCGUUCUCGUUGAGGACGCUCGUGUUAGAUGGGCCUUUUGAAUUGACCUUGUUGCUUAAGACAAUCCAGAGGUCCCGUAUCCCCCUGAAACACCUUAGUCUUAAGAAUACGAACUACGUGAAACGGGAGACCCUGCUGUUAGAUAAUCUGCUCGGAGUGUCACCAAAUUUAGAACAUUGCUCUAUACGUACCAAUGCUCAAAUUGUCCUCUAUACAAUGCCAAUACCACAAUCGCAUGUCACGGGAGAAACCAACUUUCAGCAACAAGAGCCGAGACAAUCAAGGCCGCCUCUAAAGCUCAAAUCACUUGAGUUGGAUAUCCGGGCUUUGACAGGUGUCCAUUUGAUAUCCAUUCUUGCACAAUGUCCUGAGCUCGAGUCAUUCGCAAUGACCGAAUAUGGUCAAAUAUCGCCUUUACGCGACAUUGAGACGCAUGCUUUUACUAUUAUUAAUGAUGUUUCGGGGCAACGGAAACGUCCAUCUAGUCACGCGGAUAUGCUCAACUACAGCGCCGAUGGAAAUGAUAGCAUAUGCAAAUACUUGAAAGAUCCCGUGUGCCAACUUCCAACGUUUAUACAUCAGGGAAUAGAGUCCUUUCAAUUUGGAGAUGCAGGCCUUAUGGCUCUGCUGCAGUUUUGCCCUCGGUUGACGAGGUUGGAUCUUCAUCAAGCAAGCUCUGGCAAGAUCUAUAGUAAGACCUUGCAAGCCUUUUUGCGGUCUUGCAUAGGGCUACGCCAUCUUCGUGCUCAUGGAGUAGUCCUGCAGGUAGAGGAUAUGGUUGAGGAUCCAUUAAAGGGAAGAAAGCUUCAGCCUUGGGGCUGCACAGGCCUUGAAACAUUGUCGCUCGCAUUCGGAAUCGCUCCAGGAUCACAGGGCGAGGGAAACAACACCAGUAGCAUCAAUAACAAUAACGGCAAUGGCUAUUACAAUCAUGCUCAUACUGAUGUCAUCAGCAGCAGCGAUAAUCAUCACUCGAUCGCUUGGGCAGAACAGAUUGUGUACAGCCAGCUAUCUUUACAAACCCAACUACAAGUCCUCGAUAUCCGUUCACCAUCCUUUCUACGGCUACAACUCGGCGCUGGCGUCGAGAUGUUAGCAUCACUCAAGAGGCUGAGAGAGUUCUCGAUUGCAGGAUCAGAAGUGGAUGGCCAUAAGAGGCUAAGGACUUGCGAAUCUAUGAAUAGAUGGUUUGAACAACAUUGGCCGUCGAUCAACCGGAUUGUUAUCGCUUCGCAGAUUCAUACCUUCAAGAAAGUUGUCGAAGGUACUGCUGAUCCUUUUGAAAGCUUCACCACUGCGAUUGUCAAUACAACAAAACAGCCUCAAUCAAUGUCAGCGUCAGUGUCAGCAGCAGCGCUGCUGGAUAUAACACGCAUCGAGAGAAGGCUAUCGUGCUAAGCGGUUUUCAUUACUAUCGUGUCGAUUUUAGAUUUAUUUUCUUAAAAAAUAAAGCUUUAAAUGGG